AUGGGUAUCAACGGCUUGCGCAGUCAGAUCCUCGCCAACGCGGCCGAACUCUUCCUCCACAAAAACACCGGCCCCCUCGACCUCCCCCCAAAACUCCUCCUCCUCAUCAUCCGCCGCAGCGACAAAGGCUACCGCGCCGUCAUCCUCUCGAGCAGGAUCCUACGCCUCGAGGGACCGGAAGGCCAUUCGGCUCAGCAGGCUCUGGAGUUGUUGUUGGAGUUGACGGCGGAGUUGUUGGAGGAGGUAUGUGAGACGUGGGAGUAUGUUUUUGCGCCGGGGGAGGAGGUGAAGGUUUUUGAAGAUGGGGCGAGGAUCGUGGUUAGGGAGGGGUGA